UGAAGCUGCUCAGGGUUUCAAACCACUGAAUGACGUACUAGAGCUCAAAAUGACCGGUCGGGUCGUUACAAAAGGCAUCGUCACGGUAAUGUUAUAUUUUGAAUUGUCAAAAAGUAUCUUAUUGUGCCUUGGUUCUUGCCCUUUCCCCGUUCCCAAUCUAGCCAGUGCCAUGAAAUGGUCCUCCAACGCGCAUGCCAUUACUUGUGCAUAUUCAUUAUCCAGUAUUAUUCCAUAAAAGUAUUCCAUGCUAUGUGUGUUUUCCCAUGUAUAUAAUAUUCUUUGAAUACAUACAUGCCUUUUCCUUUGCAUAAGUUGAACGAGCAGUUUUAUUACAUAGUACUGCUCCACUCCUUGUGUAUUUUAUGUUUGUGUCUAUCAUUGUCCUUCCUUCAUGGGAAUGAGCAAACAAAAAUCUAGUCAAUGAGUAAGGCAUGGCCUCUAUUGUGGACUUUGAUAUCUAUGAUGCAGCAUAUGGGGAAGCGCAAGAGUUGCUUGCCGGAUAUUGUAAAUUACUGGCUAUUGAUGGCAAUUUCUUCCCAAUUAAUUUUAACAUGUGGUCAGGACCGUCAGGUAUUCCUAAAAUUUAUAAGGAAGACUGCUUUGAAACUAUGCUAAAGGUAUUACACAUAUGUCUAUUUAUUGUAACUAGAUUUUUAUGCAUGUAUAGAAAACUAACUUUAUUUUUCUUUUUCAUUUGAAGCCCCGGUUCUUUUUUUAGGACUACCAAUGCCAUUGCAUAUAGAUAUUGAAAUGCUAGUUUGAAUAAGAAGUGGGCUACACAUAGACAUAGGUUGUGGGAUGAAUUUUAUGACCCGGCCAAAAGCAGAACUGAACUUUUAAGCAAUGUGCCAUCAGGAAAGUUGUAGAAGAAAUAAAGAAAUUUGACGCAAGCAAACAAUGCCUCAGACUGGUGGAUCCAAAGCUAACUCGAGACGACGACAUGAGAUGUUUUUGGAAACUGGAGAAUAUCCUACUCGGGGAAAGAUGUUUAUCGAAACUCAUAAGAGAAAUGAUGGAUUAUUUGUAAAUAAUGAGGCAAGGACUAUAGUAGUAAGUUCAGCUUUGGAACAAAUUGAAUUGACUCAAGGCAAUGCCAAUGAAUCUAAAAUUUUCUCAGAUGAUAUUAUUGGCAAGGUGUUAGGGGCAGAGCAUUCUGGAAGGGUACAAUGUAUGGGUAUGGGAGCAGCUCCUUCAAAUACAUCCAAGAAUAUCAAACAACGACUUAACGGGCUGAACCAUUCUUCAUCUAGCUUCGGUACAUCAUCUGCAACUUUCACUUAUUUACAACAAGAGGUCACUCAUUUGAAGUCCCAAUUAGUAGAUACCUUACAACACUGAAAGCUUACAUGAUAUCAAAGGAAGGAAAAAUUCCUGAACAAUUUGUUGGUCUGUUUGCUCCUCAACCACAUGUAACUGAAUUGUCACGAGGAUAUAGUCCUCAUCUUGGUCAUAGCUAGAUAAUUUUAAGGAAGCAUUAAAAUUUUAAAUAUGGUAUAAUGGUCAGAUUUUUUAUCUAAAUAUUCUUUCUAUUGUUUCAAGCCAAGUGAUGAUGCACAGAGUGAACCUACCUCACCGGUUGAUGAAAGAGGAUCAUCGGGCAACAGUUACCAGAAUCACCAAGCAAAUACUGAGAAUGUUAUUUAUUUAAUGUGGAACUACUAUUGCUUUUAUGGAUUUUAAGUAGUAAUGUGUAGGAGCUACUUUAGUUUAUAUUGCUUUAGUAUGAUUUGUAGUACUUGAAUUUGUGACUGUUGCUAUUGUGGAUGAUUAAUGAAAUUUGAUUGUUGUUA